GCGCUGCUCGUUUCAACCAAUGGGAGCGCGUAACGCAAGUUUAGCGGGGGAUUCGGUCCCUGUGUUGUUCGCGGGAAAAAACAAGCACCAGCAGCAGCUCGGAGAGGACCACCAGCUAAUCUGACAAAACUUCUCAGUGUUAUUAAAAAAUAACUUCAUAUCGUCCUGUAGCCUACUGGAGUGUCGGGAUGCUUUUCCGCUCAAUAGUUGACAGAGGAGUGGGCAGACGAAGGCAGAAUGCCCUCGCUGCAGACCCCUGGCCCAGGUACCCUCUGAGCUCUCUGCUGGGAGGCUACCACUGCGUCCGACAUGAUGAACACAUCUCCUAUGGCAACCUGGGUGACUCCGUGCCACCAUUUGGAUUGGCUUUCUCCUCUGUGGGGCACAUGCAGAACAUCCUUGCAGCAGCUAAUGAAGAAGGCAUUGUUAGGAUCUACAACACAGAGAGUCGUGAAAAGCCACUUCUCAAAGAAUGGCUGGCUCAUGAAAAUGCUGUCUUUGACAUAGCCUGGGUACCGGGGGAGCCUCACUUAGUGACUGCUGCUGGCGAUCAGAUGGCCAGGCUGUGGGAUGUGAUGUCAGGGGAGCUGUUAGGCAGCUUCAAGGGCCACCUCUGCAGCCUCAAGUCUGUUGCAUUCACACCGCAGGAGAAAGCUGUGUUCUGUACCGGGGCCAGAGAUGGAAAUAUUAUGGUCUGGGACACCAGGUGCAGCAAAAAAGAUGGUUUCUACAGACAGGUGAAACAGAUCAGUGGCGCUCACAACAAAGCAGAGACAAACCCCCCCACCAAAACAAAGAAGAGGCGGGGCAGCACACGCGGCAUGGCUCCCAGUGUGGAUACCCAGCAGAGCGUCACAGUGGUUUUGUUUCAGGAUCAGCACACCCUCAUCUCUUCUGGGGCUGUUGAUGGAGUAAUCAAGAUGUGGGAUCUGAGGAAGAACUACACUGCAAACCGCCACGAACCUGUUCCACUGCAGACGUACCCGUACCCGGGUUCUUGCAUGCGCAUGCGACUCGGUUAUUCCGGACUCGUUCUGGACUCCACCAGAUCCAAGAUCAUAUGUAACUGCACUGAUGAUAAUAUCUACAUGUUCAAUGUCAGUGGAGUGAAAACGACUCCAGUGGGAGCUUUCAGUGGGCACCAGAACUCCUCAUUUUACGUCAAGUCCACUAUCAGCCCAGACGACCAGUUCUUGGCCAGUGGCUCAAGUGACAAUAACGCAUACAUCUGGAAGAUCUCCGAUCCUAAACUUCCUCCCAUGACGCUCCAAGGACAUAGCGAGGAAGUGACGUCUGUUGCAUGGUGUCCGACUGAUUUUUCUAAGAUUGCUUCCUGUUCUGAUGACCACACUGUACGGAUCUGGAGACUUCACCGGGAAAUGGAUGGAGCACCAUCUUCAGUGGGAGAGGCCAACCUCGUGGGCUGGGCACGUUCUAAAUCUCCCUCAAGGCCUUCAAUCAAAUCUGAAACAACCCCUGCCAAGAACCAGAAGACAGAGAGUCUUGGAGGCUUGGCAUCACCCCAGCUCGCUGCCUGUGCUCCCAGUGGAGCCGCUCUGCCUCUGCCAUCCAGCACCACCUCACCCAUCCCUUCUCAGGGUGCUAGGGCUGCUGCUGUUCGCCUGGGAACACCAUCUUCUAUCAAACAGUGGUUAUCCCCGAGCCGUGGGUCUUCUGCUCAGGCCAGCCCUCAGCUCCGCAGGGUGUUGAGCCCGUGCCCACAGAGCCCAGCGAGCAGCGUCUCUCUCACAGAGCGACGGGCCAAACGCAGGCUGGAGACGGGUGACGGUGCAUCUGCAGGCUGUGGGGGUGCAGAACAGUGUGACUGUGUUACUGAACUCUACCCAGCGGCCAAGAGAAGCAGAGCCCUGUCUGGAAUCUGCUGCUCCUCUCAAGAGAGCCGGCUACAAACAGACUGUCACACAGAGGACAGCAAGCAAGUCUCACCAAGACAGACUGGCAAGGAGAACUGCUCUCCCGGAGCAAUGGACUGGUUGUCAGUGAUGGGCCAAAAGAUGAGGAAAGUUCAAGGAAGCCCGACUACUCCCAGAAGCCCCAGUGCCUCUAAGAAACAAGAAGGCAAGACGCCAACUUCACCGACCAUCCGCUCACCACAAAGCCUGAAGAAAAUCUCCAUGUAUUUCACGAGAAGGCCUCUGGAGUGACCACUUGUUCCAGAUGGAUUCUCUGUGUUUCUGUUUAAAAUGUUAAAAUGUUUUAUUUUGAGUAUUUUUAACCUGAACCCACAGACAAUAAGCCUCUAAGAACACAUCUAUAUUCAUAUUACAUGAGCACAUGAACCUGGGCUGCAUCGAGAUAUUUGACUCUGCAGUUUUCACAUCCCGAGAGGCUGUUUUUUUUUUUUUUUAAUCGGGCCAUUGGUUUUGCAGUUGCCUCCUACACAAUAUUCUAGUGCUGGGCAGAAUCUCUGGUUGAAAAUAAAUCAAGUUGUAUGUUGCUGAGUAAAUCUUACAUUUUACUCAAGCUUGACAACUUCAAGAGAUACAUUAGUGUUUAACACAAGAACCCACAUUUAAUAAAGUUGUUCAGGAGGUCGACCAGUUAUACAUCCACAAGUGCAGAGAAAAAUGUUUGUCUGCAGGUGUGGACAUUUUAAAUUCUGCUAAAAAAAACAAACAUUUAUUUGAUCCACAUCUUUGAGCAGUUUUAUGAACUUUAGUUUAUUUAUCGCUUCAUCUCCUUGUGGGUUUUUCAUGUUCGGGUUUUGACCUUUUUCUUUUCAGUGUUGCAUAUAUAUACAUUUCUGCAAAAUACUUUUUCUUGAGCAAAUGCUUAAGUUGUUUAUAUGUACAAAAUAACCAAUGGUUGUUGCAUGGUUCAUUUGUAUAUAAUUUACCCAAAUGUCCUGUGUUCAGAUUUUAUCAAAUUGAAAAGAGUUUUCAAAGUGUUUUGCAUGCUAUUGGUUGCAUAUUAUGUUUGUGUGAUGAGUGCUUGGUGGUGAGACACAGGUCACAGUAAUGUCAUGAAUUUAAUCAUGACAAUGUGACUUUGAAGUGGUUACAAGUCACAUUAACCAUAUUUUUCUUCUCUGACUGUUUUAUUUGAAGACUUGUUAGGGGUGUAUAAAUUAAAAUAAUUCAGUGAUUUUAAAGAGAAAACAGGAAAUGUAGAUGAAAUGUGUCUUCCUUGCUUUUUCUAGCCUGUUAAGCUUCUCACAGCUUUUUCGAUUUGUUUAAUGACCCCUUAGCAGGGCCCUGACUCCCAGGUUUGAACCACUGCUGUAAGCUAUGUUCUUCAAUUCUCAGCUGAAUAUUAAAUUGGGAGGACCGUC